GCAUUUUGCAUUUUGCAUUUGGUCAUGGCCGUCGAGCUGCAUGUGACGCUCAUCGAAGCCCGUGGCCUCGCGCGGGCGCAGCUCUUUGGGACGCAGGACCCGUACUGCAUUCUGACGCUGGGCACCCGCAGCGAGCGCACCGAGUACCACGACAACGGCGGCGCCGCGCCCUUUUGGAAUGCCCCGUUUGUGUUUUCGUUCAAGACACAUACCGACAAGGCCGUCCUCGACAUUGACAUUCGCAACGCCAAUGCUGCCUUCUUGCCCGACAACAGCAUCGGCUUUGUGAGCAUCCGCAUCGACUUGGCCUUAUGGCGCGACCGCGAAUUGCGUCAAGAGUGGCUGCCCGUCUACCGCAAGCAGGCCAAAGCCCGGACACCCAACGGCGCCAAGCCCGACGGCGGCGAGCUCAACGUGCGCAUGGAAGUCUUGUACGACACGACGCUCGCGAGCCAGCCGUCGGUCGUCGUGCUCACCAAGCCGGUCGCAAAGCCGAUGCUGGUGUCGCCGCCCAAGAGUCCGGUCGCCGCUUCGCCCACGAGUCGCCCGAUGACACCGAGUCGUGUGGUGCCGCCGCCAUCGCCGUCGAAUGCCGUGCCGUCGUCACCGUCACACAGCGACUACCGCCAACACGACUGCCUCAAGCCCUUCGGAGGCUAUUGGAUCCCGCCCGAGCGCUGGACCCUCGACAGAUCGCACACUGCCAAUGCCCUCCUUGUUGGCAACGUCGGCAAGGAGUCCGUGCUAUUGCAGCUAGCGCUCUCGGUCGUCGACGUCACUUCGAUUCUCUCGACGUACGCGACACUCCCCAAGGACCACAUGCUGCUGCGACUGCGAGGGUUUUCAUUGCACGAGCACGCCUGGUGUGUUCUCUACGAGCAUGCGGUGCCGCUGACACACGUGGCGGCCGAGCCGUGGUCCCGUGCGACGACUGCGGUGGCCAUGGACAUUGCGUCGGCCAUGACGCAGCUGCACUUGGCCAAGGUGAUCCACGGUGGGAUUCGGCACACGGCCGUCUUCAAGGACGACAACGACCGCUACCGCUUGCACGGCUUUCCCAGCGCUCGGCCGACGACAGGCGACGCGGUGGACCUGCCGUGGUACAACAUCUGACGCGCGAUACGUCUCAUGGUGCGUGAUCUAGGGCUGCGCCAGACAGCUUGAAUGACGGGGCGCUCACGCGCAAGACCGACGUGUAUGCAUUUGGCAUUCUAUUGGCCGAGCUCGCGCUCGGGGAAGCGGCACCAUUUGCGGCCCACAAGCGAGAGUCGCGCGAUGUGUUUCUUGAGGCCGUGCUCGCGCAGACGUAUACGCUCGAAUCCGAGCUCGUCGAGGUCGUGCCGCCGCCAAUGCUUUCGGUGAUUCUCAAAUGCACGACGCCUCUGAUCACGAAGCGACCGACGAGCCUCGUUGUCGUCGACCUCGUUCGUGACGCGAAAGCGGCACUCUUUGCAGUGGUGCACACGUCGACGACGUAGCGUACGACGACGCUUAGAUGUAGAAUGUACUAGAGAAAAUAGAAAAAAUGACUGAAAAUUCCUUGUG